AUGCCUUCGACUUCAAUCUACCAGUCUGUCAUUUAUCCCGGCAACCACGAGAAGUUGGACAAGCCAAAGGACACACAGAAUUUCAUCGACAACAAGCUCGUCUCCUCAAAGACAUCGUCAUGGAUCGAAGUUCAUGACCCUGCGACCAACAAUGUCAUCACGCGUGUUCCUGAGAGUACCAACGAUGAGCUGCAAGAAGCAGUCAAGUCAGCCAAGGCUGCGUUUCCGGGAUGGAAGAGGACGAGCAUUAUCAAGCGCCAGCAAAUAAUGUUUAAGCUGACGCACUUGAUCCGCGAGCAUAUGGAUAACCUUGCGACAAGCAUUGUCACUGAGCAAGGAAAGACUUUUGCUGAUGCCAAGGGCGAUGUUCUUCGUGGACUGCAGGUUUGUGAGACUGCUUGUGGAAUCACGACUCAGCUCGGCGGGGAAGUCCUCGAGGUUGCCAAGGACAUGGAAACACGCUCCUACCGAAACCCAUUGGGUGUUGUCGCGGCCAUCUGCCCUUUCAACUUCCCAGCUAUGAUCCCGCUGUGGUCUCUUCCUGUAGCGACCGUCACAGGAAACUGCAUAAUCGUCAAGCCGUCGGAACGCGAUCCGGGUGCUGCUAUGAUGAUCGCUGAGCUCUGUAGAGAAGCUGGCUUUCCACCAGGUGUCGUCAACGUCGUCCAUGGAUCAAAGGACACAGUCAACUUCCUUCUUGACGAACCUGAGAUUCAAGCUAUUUCCUUCGUAGGAUCCAACAAGGCUGGAGAGUAUAUCUACCAACGAGGAUCAGCCAACGGCAAACGCGUGCAAGCGAAUCUUGGAGCAAAGAACCAUGCUCUUCUGAGCCCAGAUGCUAACAAGGAUCAUGCCCUUGAUUCAAUUGCCGGAGCUGCUUUUGGUGCUGCUGGACAGCGAUGCAUGGCGUUGAGUGUUUUGGUUACUCUCGGAGACGCAAAGCAAUGGUUGCCUGAUCUCGUCGCAAAGGCGAAGAACCAUAUUGCUGGCAGUGGCUUUGACUCAAAGUCGGAUUUUGGACCUUUGAUCACUCCUCAGAGUCGCGAUCGCUGCAAUGCCCUGAUCACAAGUGCCGAGAAGGAGGGUGCUAAGAUUCUACUUGACGGGCGAGGAUACAAGCCUGAUGGCUUCCCUGAUGGCAACUGGGUCGGUCCUACAGUCAUCUCCGGCGUCCGCCCCGACAUGGAAUGCUACAAAGAAGAAAUCUUCGGCCCCGUCCUCCUCUGUAUGGAAGAAGAAACACUCAAAGACGGCAUCGAUCUCAUCAACUCCAACGCCUGGGGUAACGGAGCCGUCAUCUUCACAGACUCAGGAGCCAAGGCUUCUCUCUUCCAACAAGAAAUCGAUGCUGGACAGGUUGGCAUUAACGUACCGAUCCCUGUUCCUUUGCCUAUGUUUUCUUUCACCGGAAACAAGCGUAGUGUGGCUGGAACUGGUCUUGCCAACUUUUAUGGAAAGGAUGGAUUGAGGUUUUAUACGCAGUGGAAGACUGUGACUUCGCUUUGGAGGGCGGAUGAGGCGAGCACGGGGGAGAAGUUGACGAGCAUGCCUACCAAUUCUUAG